UGGGAUUGCACUGUCCACAGCAAGGCAUGUUGUCAAGGCAACAGCUCAUCUUCUGCCUACUCCACCACUGUGGAGUCAUAUUUCACAUGUAGAGUUCCCACUUCACUGGCUUUCUGCUAAAAGCUUUUUGUUACAUACCCGAGAGCGAGUGAGACAGAGAAUGUGAGAUAGAGAAAGAGAAAGGGGCGGCGGUGGAGGGAGAGGAAGGGCUUGGGCUGGCUGUUGCCAGGGAAACUUGACAUCACAGUGACGAACUUCCCUCUUUAAAAGCUUUUAAAGCUGAUUGCUCCAGCCCUCCAGGCCCCAUUCUGAUGCCUCUUAACUGAGUUAGAGGGGGGAAGGGCAGAACGGGUGGCCUCUCUCACACAUAAUCACAAGCCUGAGGAAAGAACAGAAAGGAAAGGGAAAAGGUGGCUUUCUAAAAGCUUGCUGCAGUGAAACAAAACCUUCCAGGAAAAAUCAGAAAGAAAGAGAGAGAUAGAUAGAUAGAUAGGUGCUUUGCAAAAUGUCCGCUGAGGACUGCUUCAGUUAUAUAGUGCCAAAUGAGAAGCACAGAAGAGCACGCAAUUGGACAGAUUCAGAAAUGAAAGGGCUUCUGUACGUCUGGGAAGAGUACGUCACUGAGCUCAAGAAGGCCAAACGCAAUGCUAAGAUCUACGAAAUGAUGGCCAAGCGUCUGUAUGACCUGACCGGCGAACACCGUCACAGGGAGGAGAUAAAGAUGAAAAUCACCAACAUGACAUUCCAGUACAGGCAAGUGAAAAUGAAGCACACAGCCAGCAGUGGUGGUGGCACACCUGACUGGCCAUAUUACAAAUCCAUUGAGAGGAUUUUGUCCAAAAUACCAGAGCAAACCCAUAUGAGCCCACUGGACCCUCAGAUCACUGGAGCAUCCACGUCACAACCUGAACCCUCUGUACCCCAAGCUGGGACACCAGUCAUAGGCUAUCUACCUGAGUACACCGGGUCCUCUGAGGAAAGAGAAGUCAAAGAGGAGGAGGAGGAUGAGGGGACAGAGGUCUCUGUGAGUUCCUUUGAGUCCAGGUCUCAGCCUAUGAAGAGGCAGCGAUUGUCGCACAGUACAUCACUGCGCCGCAGGAAGCUGCGUGUGAUGGAAGCGAUGCUGAAAGAGCAGAGGAAGAUGAGCCGUGCUGUGGAGGACACAUGCCGAGAGGUGCGACGUGUAAUGCACCAGCAAAACUUCCUGCAAGUACAAAGCCUGCAGCUUCAGGAGCGAAUGAUGAACUUGCUGGAGAAGAUGAUUCCAUCCACAACCCACCUCACAAACACGCAUACCUGAGUGUAACCUAGCCGGCAUUUACAUACUCCUCAUAAACUGGUAUUCACAGCAUCACAAUGCUUUUUGUGGUUCAGUAGCAAAGCUAUUGAAAUACAUAGUUCUUUUGAAUUUGCAAAUGUUUUAUUUCACAAUUACACAAAGCUUGAUCACAAAGCUGGUAUUCCCAAUGAUGAGUUUUGAAGUGUACUGAAUUUGCAGCUGUACAAAUUGCAGAAUCCUGAACAUUAUCUUAGAUUAGAGGAACACAACAAUAAUUAAAAUAAACUGUAGAUAAAUUGAAAUAAACACACAGGACUUGUUUACUAUUACAAGGAUUUCAGAUGUUAUGCUCAGAUGCUUUGUGAUGCUAUACACAUUUUAUUACAUUUUAUCUUUUUUUUUUUGAAAAAAAAAAAAAAAAAAAAGCUGUGAUCUUAUUUUGCUACUUCU